UCUUGGACGUCGCUCCCUUACUGUGCCGGGGAGAUUCCAUAUAAGGGCAUGGCCGGAUCCGUGGCUCCUGAUUGGCUGUCAGAGCCUUCAGCGCCUGUCCGUCAGCAGCAGAGCCCUCAGCGUGGGGGCGGGGGGAGGACUGGCCCUUUAAGGGAUCAGGUGACAUCUCCGGGUGUGGAGGGAGCCAGCGGGCGAGGAGCGGGUGUCCGGCGGCGGCCAGGCUGGCAGCGGGGAGCGGCCGAGACAUGAGCUGAUAGCGCCAGGUGAGGCCGCUCUGACACCCCCUCACCCUGCCGCGCUGGGGGAGCCGGGAUCUCCGGAGUUAAUGUGAGCUGGAUCACCCUCCUGCCCCAGCCAUGGACCCCCGGAUUACGUCUCCCCUCCACCUGUGGAACCCUCGUCCCUUUGGUGCUUAUACAGCAAACUGUCCUCCUACCAGUAAAGCAGCGGGCUGUGAGGAGGACGUGGGGGUGAGUGCUGCUGAGGAGAAGCCUGCACCCCCAGAUAACCCUGAAUGUCACAUUACUGGGGAUGACCGUGUCCUGCUAGACACCUGGUAUGUUAUCAAACCUGGGAAUACCAAGGAGAAAGUGGCCUUCUUUGUGGCCUACCAGUGUGCUGGGAGCGGUGCCUCGCCUCGCCCUGGAGGUGCUAAAGUCAAGGGUCGAUGGAGCGCAGGAGGCAGCUCCAGGGCUAAGAGACGUCGCCAUGCACUCGAUCCAGAAGCACCUCCCUCGGUUGCUGAGAUGGUGGCCCGAGCCGAGAACCGAGGGGUGGAAGUUGGUGAACCCAGACCCCCCCUGGUCCUAGUGACUUCUUCUGAAGAUGGGGAAGAAGGCCAUUGCCGGAGCGUGGCAGAAGCGGUGGCUCAGUACGAGGCAGAACAUGCAGAGCGCGAGGUCCGCAUCGCCUUCCGGGUGGCUGAGAGGCCGGGGGACCCCAUCACGUGUGACCUGUACCAGUUACUGAGUCCUGAGCCGCACCGUGUCUGCGUUCUGCUGGAGAAACUGGAGUCCCAGCAAAAUGAGAACGAGGAGGAAAUGCAGGCGGCAUCUUCUGAGUCUGGCUUUCACGUGGACCUGGUGCUCACGGGUGCCGUGGACCGUUGUGUCUUCUAUGGUGGGGAGGCAGAUGAAACGGAGCCACUACCUGGUCAGCUCUUCUUCCCACGUCUGUCGUCUGCUCCUCCUCCUCCACCACCCCCUCCGCCGCCUGUCCCUCCCCUCUGCCGCCUCUACCGACACGUCUCGCACGACUUCCUGGAGAUACGUUUCCAGGUCCAGCGCCUACUGCAGCCGAGGCUUUAUCUGCCAUCGUUACCAGACCAUGUUCUCCUGGCUAUCUUCGGUUACUUGCCCACGCAUUCGCUAGCUGCUAUAAAGUGCGCGUGUCGGCGCUUCCGGGCCCUGAUCGACGACUAUGGUGUGAGACCAUGUGACUCGCGCUGGAGCCAGGAUCCCCUGUACCGCGAUGAUCCCUGCAAGCAGUGCAAAUGCAUUUACAGACGGGGCGAUGUGUCCAUGUGCCGGUGGCACCCAAAGCCUUACCACCAUGACCUGCCCUACGGCCGCUCCUACUGGAUGUGCUGCCGCCGGGCAGAGCGCGUGGCUCCUGGCUGCCAGCUGGGACUUCAUGACAAUAACUGGGUGCUGCCUGGAGAGGGGACGCGGGUAAAAGGAAGAGCACGCGGGGAGGGCGAUGAGGGCAGGUGAGGGGCGGAUGAACGUGUAUGAGUGUCUGAAUAAAAGGGAUUAUUUAUAAAGUCA